AUGAAGCGAAUCAUCACAACCGGACAAUCUCAACAGAAGCGUAACCUAAAGGAAUACCCACAACUCGAACGGAUGAUUCUUCCCAGGUGCAAACGAUUAUUCAUCGUAGCCUUCAUGCCGUUGCUGUUAAUAACGCCACUGAAAUGUCCAGUUGACAUCCACGAGCAACAAUUAUCACCAAAACUAUUCCUUACGCACGAAGAAACUGCGGGAGUAAAAAUAGCAGUGCACACUCCAAAACGAGCUCUAAUUGUCCCAUGCGGGCGUCAUCGCUAUUAUGCUGUUAUACGUGCAGUGCAACCGCCUGUUGCAGCCCUACAUGACUUUGGUUAA